CCAGAGAAGACGCCGAGCUGCUCCCUGGAACCUGGGUCAUCCCGCCGAUUACGGAGGUCAGGAAGCAUUCGAGAAAACUGGCAGUUGCGUUCAUAUCCAACUGCGGGCCAUGUCCAAGCGGCUGACUUACUUGACGAAGUUCCAAAAAUAUGCUCCGGUGGACAUUUACGGAAGGUGUGGACCGCUGAAGUGCGGAGGGUCGAUGUUUGUAGCUCACCGGUACAACUCGACCACGGAUCCGUGUCUGAAGAUCGGUGGUGAAGGCUACAUGUUCUACUUCGCCUUUGAGAACAACUUCUGCAAAGAAUACAUCACGGAGAAGGUCUACAACCUCAUGCAUUAUCCCAUCGUUCCGGUGGUCCGGGGCUCGGCGAAUUACUCGUCUGCUCUUCCGCCGAAUUCUUAUAUCGACGCCAACGACUAUUCGCCAAAGGAGUUGGCGGAGAGAUUGCUUUACUUGAAAGAUCACCCAAAGGAGUAUCUGAAGUACCUGGAAUGGAAGAAACAUUAUCAGCCGUCCACAGUUGGUGGAGAGAGAGUUAUUUGCCAUCUUUGCACUCGUUUGUACGACUCGGACUUUUACGAACACAAAGUGUACGACGAAUUCGAAGACUGGUUCGUCGAGAAGUCACACUGUCGAGCUGGACUGGACGUUUGACGACCUGAGGUCUUUCGAGUUUAGCUGGCGUUGCUAAUUGUUG